UAAGUGACGAAACGGCCUCACCUUAGGAUAUACUUCUAGGCGCCUUGCCCCUGUCUAUGUCGCGAAUUCCGUUGAAUUUCGAUGAUGACGCUUUGCUGUUAUUGAUAAUUUGCGCAGAGUUGUUUGUUGUUAGUUCGCAUUAUUUUACGUUAUUCGUUUACGUUAAGCAUGAGGAAACUAAAUCUGAUCGUGGCUGUUUGUGAGAACGGCGGAAUAGGCAUCAAUGGAGAUUUACCCUGGAGACUGAAAAAUGAGUUACGAUAUUUUUCAUCAAUGACUAAGAAGGUGAACAAUCCUUCAAAACGAAAUGCUGUGAUAAUGGGCCGGAAAACGUAUUUCGGUGUUCCGGAAUCGAAACGUCCUUUACCUGGAAGAUUAAACAUUGUGUUGACCCGAGAUCCUAAUGCCAAUUCCUAUCCAUCUGAAGUUAUGGUUUGCACGAGUAUGCAAGAUGCUCUCGCAAAGCUUGAUGAUCCAAAAUUUACCGAUGAUAUUGAAAACGUGUGGAUUGUCGGUGGUAAUGUGGUUUAUAAGGAAGCAAUGGAGUCACCUCGUUGCCAUCGUAUUUACCUGACGGAAGUAAUGAAAACGUUCACAUGCGAUGCAUUCUUUCCUGAAAUUACUACGGAUUUCAAAGCGGUUAAGGACAGCGAAGUGCCGGAAGAACUUCAAGAAGAAAAUGGCAUACAAUACCGAUACAAGGUGUAUGAAAAAAUUAAUUAAAUGUGACUCGAACAUUCCUAUAUACGCGGAUGAACCAUACUGAAAACAGAAAUUAAUAUAAGGAUGAAAUAAUACUUAUGUUUUGUUGUUUAUCAAAAUGGCAUGGCAUCCAAUAAUAAUGCAAGUAUUUUUAUCGAA